GUUUACACUUUUCUAGUUGGUCAACUGAAUUUGUUAAAUAAUAAAUUGUCAUUAAAAACGCAAAUUUUUGGCAGUUUAGUUUAUUUUUCAAUUAAAUUAAUUUUAAGAUCACUUGAUCAUGUUGGAUUACUAAACUUAACUGUUUAAUAAUUUUAUUAUCAAAGUGGAAUGCUGAUAAUUUUCCACUUCAAUUAUAAAUAAUUUUCAAUUCAGAUUAUUUAACAUAGGAAUGUUCAAUUUUUAAAAUAUUCAAAGUAUUCACCUGGAUUGUAACGUGAUGUAAGUAAUUAAAUUUCACUUUAACAAAUGCCCUUUCUUAGGUUACGUCAUUGUCAGUGUAUUCAUGUGACUUCUGCAGUUUUGUGUUCCUUACUCAAAACUCACCCACAAGAGGGUGCAGCCCGUCAACUUUUAGCAGCACCUUGCCACCUUAAUCAAAUACCCACAAAUCCAAGGCGUGCUACGAUUUAUUUUAUAAUUUUUUACCUGAUAAACAAAUUUCUUUAAAAUAUGGACUUGGACUAUAACAUAAAUAAAUAUUUGCAAAAUCGUGAACUUGGUUUUAGACGAAAUUGUUAUGGUAAAGUAUAUUUUUAAAUAUGUAAUAAAAUAAAAAAAUUUAAAUUUACUCAAAUAAAUUGUAUUUAAAAAUGUAUUUACAACAAUAAUUCCUUUUUAUUUGAGUAUUUUUAUUUUUUUAGCUUAAAAACUUAAAUUUAUUUGUUUGAAUUUUUGUAAAACUGAUGAUUGAUACUUAGGCAUUGAACAAAAAAUAAGAAAAUGAAGGUAUCCGUGUUUUGUGAUUAGAUUAGAGGUUAGAUAGAAUAUUAAAUGGCUAAGUACUUACUUAUUAAUAAAAUAUAAGAGAUAGUCUUGUAGUGGCGAUUUUAGCAGGGAAAAUUAAAAAGAAUAAAUUGAGAUUAGUAAAGGUGACAAAGAUGAAAAUGAGUAUGGAUAUGUAUAGAAAAUAUUGUAGUGUAUCACUCUGUGAAUUCUUACUUAUUUGAAACUUAGAAAUAGAUGGUCAGAUUGGUUGUCACACAAUGUUUUAUUAAAUAAAUACUAUUUUAUCUAGCUGACAUUCAUGAUAAACAGUAUAUAGAUGUAAAAGUUGUUUUUUUAUCCUGAUCAAUAUUAAUAUGCUAAGGUAUAUUUUUGUAAUUUAAUAAAUGCCUUACAUGAAAAUGUAAAGGUGGACCUAAAAAAAAUGUUGUAUUUAACUAAUUAUGUGUACUCUAACAAAUUGUAUUUAUUUAAUAGGAUUUAAACAAAAUAUUUCUGAAAAUUUGAUUGAAAAAAUGAGAUGCACAGCUUAUAAUAUGAACAAUUUAGAAACUUAUAUUGGAAGUACUUUUUGUUGUAAAUUCAGUAAAAAUAAAAAUAAUUUACAUAUGGUAGCUUGUUCAACAGACCAUGGAGAAAUAAUUAUUCAAAAUACACUUGAAGAUAAUGAAAUGAAGGGAGGGGUUGUUAAUAUCCUUGAUAAUUAUAAAAGAGGUAAAAAAAACCUGAUGGUUUUAAUAUUUUUAAUUGUUUUACAAUUAUUUAAAAGAUCUUUGUUUUUUGUACUUGUCAGCUGUUUUACAUGAUAAUGCUAUUUUUAAUCUGGCAUGGGCUGAACCAAACAUGAAAUUAGUGACUGCAAGUGCUGAUCAAACUUCUAAAAUAAUUCAAGUAUUGCCAUCUGGAAAAAUGGAAUUACUAGUUACAUUCAAUUAUAAUUCAUCAGUCAAAAGUGUUAUGUUUUGUCCUGGAUCAUCUGGUAUAUAUUAAAAUAAUUAUUUAUAUGAAUUAUACAAAUAAUACAUUAUUAUCUAUUUUCAAUUUUAUCAUGUAUGUUAUAUAGAUGUAUUUUGUGGAGGGAGCCAAGAUGGCUCUAUAAAAGUAUGGGAUACUCGUGUUAAUAACAACAGAUUUGUUAUAAACUGUUUAGGUUUAGAGCAUCAUAUUCCUAAUGCACAUGGUAAAUAUAGAAUACAAUAUUAUUUAUAUAUAUUUAUAUGAAAUUAUAUCAGUAAUGUAAUAACAAAAUAAAUGUAUUUCCUGUUUUCAUAUAAUACUUACUUAAACUCUUUAUUGUGUUAUUAUUUUAGGUGUAUAUACUAAACAUAACCCAUAUAAGAGAGCAUUUAAAAGUUAUGGAAUAAGCUCUGUGAUAUAUCAAAAUGAUCUAAGUAUCAUAUCUUGUUCUUCUAAUGAUCCGUAUGUAUACAAUUUGCACCAUAAUUAAAUUAUAAUAUACUAUAUAUAUUUAUAACAACUUUUUAUUAGUGCUAUAAAUGUAUGGGAUUUACGAAAAUCUUAUCGACAAGUUAAGGGUAAUACUGAAUCUCUACCACUCAAGAAAUAUUACUGUAGCGAGACAAGCUCUCAUGGUUUUAUAGAUAUACACUUAAAUCCACAAUCUUCAUUGUUAUAUGCAAGCAGGUUGCGAGAUAGUAUUUUUUGUUUUUCAUUGGAUUCUGCUCAGAGAAGUAUUUUUAUUUUCUUUCUUUUUUUUUAUUUCUUAGCUAUUAGAUUUUUAGUAUUAAAACAUUUUGCUUUGUUGUCAUAUAAUUGUUUUUUUACCUGAGUUUAUCAUUAGUGAAAGCCUUCAAAUAAACCCCCUCAUCAAAUACACACUAGUAACAUUAAAUUACACAAAAACUGCAUUUCCAUUCAAAUCCUUAUUUAAAAGUUUGAAAAGUAUUAAAAGUUUAUGUACAUUAUUCUAAUAGUUCAUUUUAAAUUAUCCUGUUACAAAGUAAUUCUGAGUGUCUUUCCUAAUGCCUAAUAGUAUUUCUUAUUUCUUUAUAUAAUAUUUACAUUUAAUAGAUUCCAUCUAUAGAUAAAGAAAGUAUAGAUACUCAUUUUAUAUCUGUGCAAAAUGGUUCAGUUAGUUUUAACAAAAACAUUUUUCCACUCGCUAUGCUAGUUUUACAUUUCAUGGACAAAUUACUGAAUUUUAUAUUAUCUAUGACAAACAUAGAUAUGAAGACAAAAUUAUAAAAAGAUACAGAUAUAUGUUGCAAAAUGUGUGGGCCACUGUUAUAGGUGAGAAGUUAUGAAAGUAGAAUAUAGAGAGAAAUUGAAUAGUUUAAUUUAAUGAUUAAUCUUUGCUGACAAAAAAGGAUUCUGAGUGGAGUUCGAUUAUACAUGUUUUAAAAGACUGUAAUAUUUACAUUUUUAAAAUAAUAUAUUCUAUAUAUUUACCCAUUUUUCCAUUUAUUAUGAAACCCAUGAGAAAAUAAAAAGAGGACCUCCCUAAAGUACCACCUCAGUUAGGUUUCCUCUUGGAAAAUGUGUUAUACAAUUUCUGGUAGAAUAGCUGUCCACAGAAGAAGAAAAAGCUAAUCACAUUUGGCAGAGCUGAGUUAAUUUCCUUUAUUUUUGAUUCCAUUAUCCAAAGUUGAGACUUAUAUCUGUCCUAAAAGUUAGAAUUUCUCUAAUAAAUAUUAUGAUUAUAUUCUAGACCAGUUUCCCUAACUGUAGUCCCAUAAAAUUUUGAAAUAUAUAUUUAAAUGUAUAAUUUUAUAGAUUAUUAAGAAUUAGUUUAAUAAUAACUAGAAUAUAAGAUUUUUAGAAAUAGAAUUAAAAGUAAAUUGUCGUUAUAUAAAUGUCUUUACAUUUUGAAAAUGAAUUAAUUAAUAUAAAUUAUUUAUAUGUUAUGGUGAAAGACAUAAAUUGGUAAAUGUUGUCAUUUCCCCAUUCAAUGACAUCGUUUACCAAAUUGAUUUAAUUAUAUAGGUAAUUGUUGUUGAAAAAUGCAUUUUAAAUUCAAAUGUACAUCUUACAUUAGUAAAUGAUGUCAUUUGUCAAGUUUGUUGGUUAAUGAUAACUAUAGGUUAUAAUAGCUUUUUUAUUUAAAUUUUUUUUUUUGAGCAUUAAAUCUGUAGAUUGGUGGACAAUAAAUGAUCUCUCUAAGAAUCUCUCGCUUAUGCCUUAUCCUUGAGUUAUUUGUAUGAACCAGCUUUUGCAUCUUUAAUUACUUGACUAUAUAACUUGUUCUUGGUCUUCCUCUCCAUCGCUUCUCUUCUAUCAUACCUUCCAUGAUAAUGCUAUGAAGUUCCUCAUUAUGCCUCAGGGUAUGACCUAUUAUGCGCCAUCGCCUUGACUUUAAAUUACUUAACAAGGUUUUUCUCUUCUAUUAACUCUAGCACUUCUUUGUUUGACUUCAUUUCCGUCCAUUUUAUUUUCUCUAUUUUCUUCCAGCACCACAUUUUGAAGGCCACUAAAGUGUUUUAAUUUUUCUAGUUAAACAUCCAUGUUUCAUUGCCAUAUAUGCUAUGCUCCAUACAUAUUAAAUAUUUAAGUUGUUUCACCUGUUCUAUAUUCUGUUUUCUUUAAUGGAUAUAUUAAUGUUUGGUUUAGUUUGUUUGCUGCAUACUAGUACUUUUGUUUUUGUUGUAUUUAUAUUUAAUUUAAAUGUUAAAAAAUUUGUCAGCCAUGUCAGUAAGCGCUGUUUCUAGAUUUCUUUGAAUGUAGGGAACAAAACUAUAUUAUCUAUGAAUCAUAACAUAGAUACUAGGAUUCCUCCUAUCACUACUCCUAUUCUCCUCUCUUCUAGUUUUAUUUCUUCUAUGGCUUGCUCAAUAUAGAUAUUGAAUAAAGAAGGUGACAGUGAAAAACCUUGUAUCACUCCUUUUUGUAUAUUAGCUGUUCUUACUACAGAGAUCAAUUAUAAUUAACAUUCUUCAACCUAACUGGUAAUUGAUGUCAAUAACUGAGGAAUGACUAAAAUUACAACACUUACCAAUUUUUAGGGAAAUGACAUCUUUCACUGUAACAAAUAUGAAAAAACAGAUCAUUAGUAAAUGGCAGGUAGCCAUUUAUAAAUUUCCAUAAUUUGUUAUAUUAUAAAUAAUUUGGGAACCUAUGUUCUAGAAAAUAAUUUUGAUUUAAUGUACUCUAUAAGUUACAAGUAUUAAUUAUUAAUAAUAUUUAAUUAAAUAUUUUCAGCUCCCAUACAUUGUUAUAGUGGUCAUUGCCAAGAAACUAGCUUCUCAAAAAUCAGUAUUAGUCAUGAUGGCAGGUACAUUUUUAGUGGUUGCACAAAUAACACUGGAGUUAUAUGGACUACAGAAUUACCACACAUAGAGAAACCUAUAUUUAUAUUAAACAAAAAGUUAAGGGAUCCUUUCUCUGUGCUCGAUCUUCUUCAUCAAGAAUUAAGUGUUUCGGACUGGUGUGCAGAUCCAACAACUCAUCCUAAAGUUAGUUUUCCUAUUUUAUUAAUUAAAAAAUUCAUGAUAACAAUUAUAAAUAAUUAAUCCUAUUUUUAACACGACAAAAUAAUUUUAACUACCCAAAACUUUUUUUUUUAUAACCACCAAAAAUGAUACCAUUACUUAGAAUCAAAAAUACAGAAAUAAAUAUAUAACUAAAACUAUAGAGCAAAUUAAAUACUAUUUUAAAGACUUCGUGGGAAAGAAUUCAUUUAAUCAAGAAACCAAAACAAAUUAAAUUUUUAUUCUGUAACAUCUAGAAUUUUAUGCACAAGACAUAAAAGAUAGUACAAUAAUGUUAAAGUGGUUUUAUUUUUCUCUAAAUACAAUUCAAGCUAUGUAUGAUAUACAGUAGAUGUGACUUAAAAAACUCACUUUGGGGCUAGCACAAAGUGAUUCUUAUCAAUAAAUGAACCUUAUAGGUGAAGGAUAGAAUGUAUUUGGAUAUGUCCAGAAGGUCCAAGUGAUUUUGAGUUUUAUAAGCAACAUCUGUGAGUCUAAUAAGCAGCAUUAACUGCUGCUGCUGUAUUAAUAUGUUACCUUAAACUAUUAUUGUGUUUAUGCUUGUAUUAUGAAUUAUAUUAACAUUAGAUCAUAUUAUUAUUGUUACAUGUUUUAUUUUUUAAAGUUGGUUACAAGUAGCGAUUCAAUACCAUUGUUAUGGUCAGUGACAAAAAUGCAAGUUAAAACUUCGUAUCAUAAAUUUAUUAAAACACAAGAAGGAAAAACAAAAAAAAUGUUUUUGAAUAGUACACGUACUGUCCCAAUCAAAUUGAAUACAGAACUUAAAGAAAAAUUUGGAAAAGAAACAGGUAAUGUAGGAAAAUAGUUGUUCAUUAUUUAAACAAAUAUAAUUUUAAAGCUAUUAUUAUGAAGAUAAUAUUAUUGGAAAUUAAAAUAAGUGUUUAUUCUUUAGUAUAAAAUAGUUUUGUUUUUGCCUUUAAUCAUUUAAAAUAUUGUUUGUAGAAGAACACAUGAAAAAUUGGCACCUACAAGAAAAAAAUUUAAUUCAAAAAAAAGAUAUUACACCACUAACUUCUAAAAAUCCGUGGGAUUUUUUAUUAACAAAGACAAAAUUACCAUCAUCAUCUACUCAGCUUUCACCUGUGCCAAAUAAUUCAUCUAUCAAAAAAAUCCAUGAAGUGGUAACACCUAAUUUAAAUGAUUCUUCUGUCCAACAAAUAUCUGAAGUGGUAACAUCUAAGUCUCAAAAACGAAAAAAAAACCAUUUAUCUUCAUUAAAUUUAAUUGAACAUUAUUUGGUUGCAAGCAAACGAGAAAAACUGGAUGCAGAUAAUCCAAUUUAAUUUAAUCUGUCCAAAAUAUCCAUGAAGUAAUAACACCCAAUUUAAGUGCUUGAUAUGAUUUAAACUACUAUUCAUUGUUAAUUUAAUUUUUUUUAUAUUGAUGUAUGUAUAAUUGGCACAAAUGUGUCAUUAUGACACAAUUUAUUAUUUUUUUUUUACAGCUAUAAGUAAAUAUAAAUUGUUUAUGCGAAUAUAGAAAUAAAAUUUAAAUGUUAUUCAUAAAAAUUGCAAUUAAACUAACAUGAUUACACUUAGGAUUAUUCACACUAACAAAAAAAAAAAAAAAAACAUUUAUCUGAUUCUUAAACUGAGUUUAUAGCUGAUAACCAAUCACAAUAGGUCGAUUAUCUUAUAAACCCGUUUAAAAAUCAAAAUUUCUGUUGGUGCAAAUGGGCCUUAAUCUAGAGCUGAGUGAGGGAUCUAUUGGUUUUACUAUAGGCGUGUAUUUUUUUUAUGUUAUUUUAACAAAUGGCCCCUGAUAGAGAAAGUAGUUUUAAUAUAUUAUAUGUAGGUAUUUAUAAGUAUUUUUCAUAAUAAUUGGGAAAAACCAAAAAAAGAUGAAAUGCGCAAUUUUUUUUUCAAAUUACGCACACUGUUCAACUAUCAAUUUCAUUAUUUUGAAUUUGUAUAAUUAGUGUUUUCUACCAAAAUUAUUGUUCCAAUAGAUAAAUGACAAUUGACCUUUUGUGUUGAAUUUUUAAUCUAGUUGGUGACCAAGAAGUUGUUUUUUGAUUUUCUUUGUAGUUUUUUUUAAUAAUUGAGCAAGACUGAAAAUCGGUUACAGGUAUAAAUUAAAUAACUUGGCAUGCAUUCCCCCUUCCCCACUAUCAACUACCCACAUAAAACACUGGCCGCACACGUCCCCAGUGUCAGCUUUUUCUUUUUACAACAUCUAUAUUACAGGCGUUUAAAAUUCAAAUUUGAAUGGAAGUCGUUUAAAUCAUGUAAUUUCGCUUACUGCUUUUCGAUUUAUGUGAAUUUAAAUUUUUGCCCUAGUCGAAAUGUUUGAAAAUUUAACGCAAGGUUCCUUUGUUCACCAUUUACAAGUUGUAG